GCCGCGUGCCUUCAACAAAACUUUAUAAAGGCGCGCGGGGCGGCCAUGGCCGCCCCCUCCCCCCGGGCGGCGGCCCCGGACGCGGCCUCGGCACCGAGGCCUGGCCGCCGCCUGCGGGGGGAGGCGACCGGGGCGAAGUUUCGCAGCUGGCCCACGGUUUGUUAGAGCCCGCCUGAGGCCGGCUGGCGACCGCGCCGGGUGAGCCCGUGCCUCGGGCUUGGCUUUGGUUUUGUUUUGCUUUGCACUGAGUGACCGGGCCUGACGCAGCGUUGUCGCUCUGCACGGGCAGCCGCUGCCUGGCCGAGAUGCGGGCGAGGCGGCCGCCCUGCGGGCCCGGCAGCACGGAGCCGCCGCGGCCUGGGAGCGAGGCAGCCAGCUCCAUCGUCCGGCAGAAGUGGAGAAGCUGAAUAAGAUGAGUUCUCUCUUAGAAAGACUUCAUGCAAAAUUUAACCAAAACAGACCUUGGACAGAAACCAUGAAGCUAGUCCGUCAAGUCAUGGAAAAGCGAGUUGUGAUGAACUCUGGGGGGCACCAACAUCUGGUGAGCUGUUUGGAGACUUUGCAGAAGGCAUUAAAAGUAUCUUCUCUGCCUGCCAUGACAGAUCGCUUAGAGUCUAUAGCUAGACAGAAUGGCCUUGGAUCUCACCUUAGUGCAAAUGGCACUGAAUGUUACAUCACUUCAGACAUGUUCUAUGUGGAAGUCCAGUUAGAUCCUACAGGGCUGCUGUGUGAUGUCAAGGUGGCUCACCAUGGAGAAAAUCCUGUGAGUUGUCCAGAAUUGGUGCAACAUCUGAGAGAGAAAAAUUUUGAUGAAUUUUCUAAGCAUCUGAGGGGGCUUGUGAACCUGUAUAAGUUGCCAGGAGACAACAAACUUAAAACUAAAAUGUACUUAGCUCUACAGUCCUUGGAGCUGGAUCUCUCAAAAAUGGCAGGGAUGUAUUGGCAAGCCACCAAUGCAAAUCCCCUCGACAAGAUUCUUCAUGGCAGUGUUGGCUAUCUCACCCCCAGGAGUGGAGGUCUCCUGAUGAAUCUCAAGUAUUACGUCUCGCCAUAUGAUUUAUUUGAAGAAGGCACUGGAACCCCCAUUGUUUUGCAUGAGAACAAUGUUCCUCGGGCUUUGGGUAUGAAUGUGUCAGUAACAGUCGAGGGAACCAUGGCAAUGUACAAACUUCCAAUUGCACCAUUGAUUAUGGGGUCUCAUCCUGUUGACAGCAAAGGGACACCGUCGUUCUCGUCGAUCACCAGUGCCAACAGUGUGGACCUGCCAGCUUGUUUCUUCUUGAAAUUCCCACGACCCAUUCCAGUAUCUCGAGCUUUCAUUCAGAAACUUCAGGGCUGCACAGGUAUUCCACUGUUUGACACAUCACCAACAUUUGUGCCCUUGUAUGAGCUGAUCACACAGUUUGAGCUAUCCAAGGAGGCUGAUCCUCUACCUUUAAACCACAAUAUGCGCUUCUAUGCAGCUCUUCCAGGACAGCAGCACUGUUACUUUCUGAACAAGGAUGCUCCUCUCCCAGAUGGAAGAAGUCUUCAAGGAACUCUGAUUAGUAAAAUCGCCUUCCAGCACCCUGGACGGGUUCCUCUCAUCCUCAAUUUGAUCAGACAUCAGGUGGCUUACAACACACUGAUUGGCAGCUGUGUCAAGCGAACAGUUUUAAAAGAAGAUUCCCCUGGGAUCCUUCAGUUUGAAGUUUGCCCUCUCUCUGACUCCUGUUUUAGUGUGUCCUUUCAGCACCCUGUGAAUGACUCCCUAGUGUGUGUGGUAAUGGAUGUGCAAGAUUCUACUCAUGUGAACUGUAAGCUGUACAAAGGGCUGUCUGAUGCUCUUAUCUGUACCGAUGAUUUCAUUGCCAAAGUUGUUCAAAGAUGUAUGUCCAUUCCUGUGACCAUGAGAGCAAUUCGUAGAAAAGCAGAAACGAUUCAGGCAGACACACCAGCCUUGUCCCUCAUUGCAGAGACAGUAGAAGAUAUGGUGAAGAAAAAUCUUCCCCCAGCCAGCAGCCCAGGGUAUGGCAUGACCACAGGCAGCAACCCAAUGAGUGGUACCACUACCCCAACAAACACUUUUCCUGGGGGGCCCAUCACUACUUUGUUUAAUAUGAGCAUAAGCAUGAAAGAGAGGCAUGACUCGGUGGGCCAUGGGGAGGACUUCAGCAAAGUGUCUCAGAACCCUAUUCUCACUAGUUUGUUGCAGAUCACAGGGAAUGUGGGGUCUACCAUUGGCUCAAGUCCAACCCCUCCCCAUCACACACCACCACCAGUAUCCUCACCAGCAGGCAACACCAAGAACCACCCCAUGCUCAUGAACCUUCUUAAAGAGAAUCCCCCUCAGGAUUUCUCCACUCUGUAUGGGAGCAGCCCUCUCGAAAGGCAGAACUCUUCCUCUGGCUCCCCUAGAAUGGAAAUGGGCCCUGGGGGGAAUAAGCAAAAGAAAAAAAAAUCCCGCAUCCCAGCAGACAAGCCCAAGCAUCAGACUGAGGACGAUUUCCAGAGGGAGCUCUUUUCAAUGGAUGUUGACUCCCAGAAUCCUAUUUUUGAUGUCAACAUGACUGCAGAUACCCUGGACACCCCUCAUAUUACUCCAGCACCUAGCCAAUGCAGCACUCCUCCUACUACAUACCCACAGCCUAUACCUCACUCGCAGCCCAGUAUUCAGAGAAUGGUUCGACUUUCUAGUUCGGACAGCAUUGGAGCCGACGUUACUGAUAUCCUUUCGGAUAUAGCAGAGGAGGCUUCCAAGCUACCCACCGCUAAUGAGGACUGUCCACCCAUUGGUACUCCAGUAAGAGACUCUUCUAGUUCAGGACAUUCACAAAGUGCCCUCUUUGACCCAGAUGUUUUUCAGACGAACAAUAGCGAGAACCCAUACACAGAUCCAGCAGACCUCAUAGCAGAUGCUGCUGUGAGCCCCAACAGCGAUUCUUCAAACCAUUUUUUUCCAGAUGGAGUAGAUUUUAAUCCUGACUUGUUGAACAGUCAGAGUCAAAGUGGCUUUGGGGAGGAAUACUUUGAUGAGAGUAGUCAGAGUGGAGACACUGAUGAUUUCAAGGGCUAUACACCCCAGGCUCUAAGUACUUUGGGGGUGCCGGUGUUAGGGGGUGAUGCGGGAGAAAAUAAAUUUAAGGGCAGCAAUCAGUCUGAUACGGUGGAUUUUAGUAUUAUUGCAGCUGCAAGCAAAGCACUGGGGUCCUCUGACAUCAUGGAGCAUCACAGUGGAGGUCAGAGCCCUUUACUAAAUACAGGGGAUUUGGCAAAAGAAAAGUCUCAGAAACGGGUAAAGGAAGGCAAUGGUUCUGGAAGUAACAUGGCAGGUCCUGGGCUAGAUGGGAAGCCAGGGAAGCGCAGCCGGACUCCAUCCAGUGAUGGUAAAAGUAAAGAGAAACUUCCAAAGCGAAAGAAGCAGGAAACAGAUGGGAAAUCUCCAUCUCAUAGCUCAUCAAACAGGCCUUUCACCCCACCUGCAAGCACGGGUGGGUCCAAAUCUCCUGGGAGUUCAGGCAGAUCUCAGACUCCUCCUGGUGUAGCUACUCCUCCUAUUCCAAAAAUCACAAUUCAGAUUCCAAAAGGAACAGUGACUGUUGGCAAACCAUCUUCACAUGGCCAGUAUACGAGUAGUGGCUCUGUCACCUCCUCCAGCAGCAAAAGCCAUCAUAGCCAUUCCUCUUCCUCCUCCUCUUCCUCCUCCUCUUCAACCUCAGGCAAAAUUAAAAGCAGCAAAUCGGAAGGGUCUUCUGGCUCAAAGAUGAGCAGCAGCCUCUACUCGAGUCAAGGUGGCUCAAGUUCAGGUCAGUCCAAAAGCUCAGCUCAGUCUGUGGGAAAGCCUGGAUCCUCCCCCAUCACCAAACAUGGCCUCAGCAGCGGUUCUGGAAGUACCAAGAUGAAACCUCAAGGAAAGCCAUCAUCACUUAUGAACCCUUCUAUGAGUAAACCAAACAUCUCUCCAUCUCAUUCUAGACCCUCAGGAGGUUCUGACAAGCUUGCUUCUCCCAUGAAACCUGUCCCAGGUACUCCCCCAUCAUCUAAAGCAAAGUCACCUAUAAGUUCAGGUUCUGGAGGCUCCCAUAUGUCUGGGACCGGAUCAAGCUCAAGUAUGAAAUCCUCUUCAGGAAUGGGAUCCUCUGGGUCUAUGUCUCAGAAACCACCUCCUUCAUCAAACUCCUCUACAGCAUCUUCAUCUUCCUUUUCAUCUAGUGGGUCUUCCAUGUCUUCAUCCCAGAACCAGCAUGGAAGUUCCAAAGGCAAGUCUCCUAGCAGAAACAAGAAGCCAUCUCUGACUGCAGUCAUAGACAAACUUAAACAUGGGGUUGUCACUAGCGGGCCUGGUGGUGAAGACCCAAUGGAUGGACAAAUAGGGCCGAGUUCCAAUUCCUCAAGCCAUACUAUGUCCUCCAAACAUAAUAUGUCUGGAGGUGAGUUCCAGGGCAAACGUGAGAAGAGUGACAAAGAGAAAUCUAAAGUCUCUGUUUCUGGAGGAUCUGUUGACUCUUCCAAGAAGACUUCAGAUUCCAAAAAUGUUGGAAGCACUGGAGUGGCCAAAAUUAUCAUCAGCAAGCAUGAUGGUGGCUCCCCUAGUAUUAAAGCCAAAGUAACUUUGCAGAAGCCUGGGGAAGGAGGUGGGGAUAGCUUAAGGCCUCAGAUGGCUUCUUCCAAAAGCUAUGGAUCCCCUCUAAUCAGUGGGUCUACUCCAAAACAUGAACGCUGCUCUCCCAGCCACAGUAAGUCACCAGCAUACACUCCCCAAAACAUAGACAGUGAGAGCGAGUCAGGCUCUUCCAUAGCAGAGAAAUCCUAUCAGAACAGCCCCAGCUCUGAUGAUGGCAUUAGGCCUUUGCCUGAAUAUAGCUCAGAAAAACAUAAGAAGCACAAAAAAGAGAAGAAAAAAGUGAAAGACAAAGACAGGGACAGAGAUCGGGAUCGUGAUAAAGACAGAGACAAGAAGAAAUCUCACAGCAUUAAGCCAGAGAGCUGGUCUAAAUCCCCAAUUUCAGCUGAUCAGUCUCUCUCCAUGACAAGCAGUGCUAUCAUUUCAGCUGAGCGACCGUCCCGAGCUAGCCCUGAGUUUUUGAUUGGGGAAGAAGAUGACGAUCUCAUGGAUGUUGCUCUAAUUGGAAAUUAAUCUUCUUAAUAUCUUUAAAAGAUGAGCUGUACGCAGGACCUGCAGGUUCUAGAGCUGGAAAGAGAAGAACCAUUCAUUGCAUACCUGCCACACUGAUUUUUAAGAGAUGUGUUUUAAGAUAAAAAAGUAUUUCCAAGGAUCUCAGAAGUCUGAACAGAACACGUGUGAGUGCCGACCUCUGGCUGUGUCCAGCAGCUCCAUAUGGCAAGCCAGGUUCCUGACUGUGGCCUUGGUCCUGCAGAUACUUACACUCAUUCUUAAUUUAGAAGUAUUAAUAGUCCCGUUAAAAAUAAUGGGCAUAAAGCUAAGUAUGCGUGUAAGUGUGUGAGCAGACCCCAAACUGGUGCAAACAGAAACAUAGGCUAUUCUGGGAGAAUCUGACUUCCUCUGCCCCCUCUUCCCCUUCAAAAUAAGUUGAUCUUGUUUUUAGGAGGUUUUAAGCUAAUUAUUUUAGGGCAUGUUUUGGGGUUGGGUUUUAUUCUUUUUAUAAGGGUGGUUGGAGGAAAAAAAUGCUUUUUAAUUGUUUUUAUUUUUGUGGCAUUUCUUCAUUCAGUGCCUGAUUCGGAGCGGUGCUGAGGAACUUGAUCUUCCUCUGAUGGGGCCGCUCCGCAAAAUCAGGCACUGUGUUCUGAUGUAUAUCAGCGUUUUAUUCCAGGUCAAAGUGAUGAAAAAUAUCUGUCUUAUGUUUGACUUUCCUUUCAUUUUAGCUAUUUACUUAUGUCCAUAUUUGAAUGCCUUGUGCUGCUUGUUUUCAUGCAGUCUCUGUUUUAAUUGUAUGAUGCAGAGCCCAAAGGGACUUGGCAAUUUGGGUAGAACCUAUGGUUUUGGAAAGCUCUGCACAUGUGCAGCCACUGUAGCUUUGGUGAAGUUGGUAAAAUUCCGGCAUGCAUUGGAGCAAAACUAAAUUUCAAAAGGGACACCGCUGUCUUAAUCUGAGCAUUGCUUCCUUGAAAGCCUAGCAAACAGAAUUUCCCCAGAAUUCCCUGAUGCUGCAUUUGUAAAGAGGCAGACUUUGUAAGCUGCACACAAGACCCAGUUCUGCACAAGGCCCCACUUUAGAACUAUGCUUAAUUUGUCUGCUAUGAAUACUUUCAUUAAUAUUGAUAGACAGCUAGUGUGCACUCAUGGUUAAAAAAUUGGGCCUUAUCCUCUCAAUCUGUUUCUGUUGCUGAAAUACUUACAGUUUGGGUUUUUUUUUUCCUUUUAACUUGCAACACACUUCUCAGUAGUAAUUUGAUAAUGCACACGAGCAUUCCCUUCUCUCUCUGGGAGGUGUUAGCCUAGCAGUGUGAGUCAUUCAUGUCCUAAUGUUAGCACGCACUUACGCUGCUGGAAAAACAGACCCUAACUGGUUCAUCUGGAUAAAGAUUGCAGCAGAAGCAGUGUUUUCCUUAAAUGAUGGAUUUUCCCUUUUUGGCUGGACUUAAGAACAUGUUUCUGCUGUCCUCUAUGGUUUUAUCUUGGUCUCUGAAAGGAAGGAGACUGAGGAGGAAGAUGUUUUAUUUUUAAAAGCAAUUAAAGCUGUUUUGCCUAAGAGGAAAAGUGGGAAAUCAAGAAAGAGUUCUGUGAACUCAUCUCCUUUGAAUUUUGUGCUGGGCAGAAUCCUGCUGCCAUUGAGUUUUGCCAUUAACUCCUGGAGGCCAGGAUUUCACCCAUGGGGAAGAGAUUAUACUUCGCAUAUGGGGAUGUGGUCUGAAAACGUCAAGGCUUUAAGUUUCUUUUAAACCACAGAAAUUUCUAGCUACACUUACAGUUUGACCCCAGUAAUACUUCAGACAAGCAGGUUCUUCUCUGGCUCGUUUGAAGCUAUAGCAAGGCAGAUGUCUUUUCAGCAGGGCAGCAACUGUUCAAUUAAUUGUAGGGAUUUUUCACCCCUUCUGCCUGUCUCCAGCUUAAUUCCAGGGUUCCUGUGCAGGAGCCAUGAAUUUCUCCAAAUCCACCCCAAACUUUGGGGAGCUCUCCGUUCUUGUAUUUUCCAACCUUCAUCCUAUGCUCCUAGUGGUCUGCACACAAUAGCUUCCCUCUCGCAGAUGUUCUCAUCUUCAUGUGCUGAGAUGAUAGAAAAGCAAUAAAUAAAGUCUAAACCUGGAGCAAAUGACAUUAUCUUAUGCAGCAUCAGAAUCGUAUGACUGUGGGGUGUCUAUGAAGAGGAUGUAAGAAAUACAACACCAGAUGACUUUAUCUUGAGACCCUGCUACAGCGGCUGCAUCUCGGAAAUAAUACCUGUUCAGACUCCAACAGGUUGUCAUCUGUUUUAAUUCUGUCCCUCUCAUUUUAAGUUGCUUUCUUUUAAAAAAGCCCUUUGAACUGUUCUGGUGUUCUGGGUUGUGUGAAGGUAUGAACAGCCUUCAAAAGUAGCACUCUUACAAAGUUGAAUCAGGACUGGGGAUUUCAAGGAAUGGUUUGCUGGAUACUUGUCAUUAAUUGGAGUGAUGUUUUACCAAUAUGAAAAAAACAUUAAAAGUUAAAAAUAAAUACUGUUCAGCUUCAUACUUAACACAUAAAUGCAUUUUAAAUGAAAGAGCUGAACAUGUUUCCUUCUCUGCUUGCCCAAGACCAAAGUUCAAUAUUCUAAAUUUCUCCUGCAAAAGGUGGGCAUCACGAACACCUACAGAAGUACAGGGAACAAAGUCUCAUCCUCUCUAAGCCUCUGUGACACCAAGUGCUGCAAGAGAAACUGAGUCCUGAACUGUGGUCAUAGCAGGUAAUAAGCUUUUUGAUCCAUUUUGAUGCACUGUACCCUUUCCCCUUUGUACCCCAUUCGUUUUAUAUCAUGUGAGAAAAAGAUAUACCAGAGUCAGGCAAGAGUUGCAUGAUGCUUCUAUUGCACUGAUUAGAGAUGAGGUACACCUGUCAAUAUUACACAGACAUUUUACAUGUAAAUGCUUGGUCUCUUACAAAUGUUUUAUUUUUAAAAUAUUUUUGCUUAUUCUCUACAAUAUUUUACAUCUUUCAGUAUUGGAAAGAUAAAUGUGUAAACAAAAUAAAAGCCAAACCUUUUAAUCUCAGGUAGAGAAAUUGAGAUUAAAAGAAAAUGGUUCUUUCCUAAAUGGUCAUUAUGUAAAUAUGUGUCUUGAAAUUUGGUUUUUUUGUGGGCAACCAUGUAAAUAAUUCUGGCUACUUUUUCAUUCUUUUUUGAUGUAGAGUGUACUUUCAACUUUUUUGGAAAUAUUGCAAAGAACAUGUUUAUUUACAUGCAAAUAAAUCUCUUUGGUAAA